AUGGAGCAAAACAACAUCACUCUACGCUCCCUCUCAGGCAUUCUCAAGGACAAAGCUUCCCUAGCCAAAGCAUCCCUAUUCUCCAAAACCCGAUCCUACGUGCACAAGAAGAUCAUCAGAGCCACGACCCACGACCCUGCCUCCGCCCCAAAGGAGUAUCGGCGCACUGCCCUCCUUUCCCUAGGACUUGGUUCCAGCUACACUGCACGGACGUGUAUCAAAGCCCUGAUGGACCGCCUGCACAAGACGAGGAACGCGUCCGUUGCCCUGAAGUGCCUCUUUGCCAUCCACAACAUACUCUCCCAAGGCUCGGUCACCCUUAGGGAUGAACUUUCAGUUUUCCCUUCCCAUGGUGGCCAUAAUUUUCUGAAUCUGUCGGGGUUCCGUGGCGGCUUCAACCGGGAAACGUCCAAGUACUCUUGUUGGGUCAGGUGGUACGCUGAGUUUUUGGAGCAGACCCUGAUAACCGCUAGGGUCCUGGGAUAUUUCCUAACUCCGGCUUCAUUGUCAUCGACUUCACAGGUUCUGAGGAAAGAGAGAGAAGUAAAAGUCCGGGCAUAUUCAAGUUCGGACUUAUCUCAGGAAAUAGACCUUCUCGUGAGCUUAGUUGGGGUCAUAUGCUCGUGCCCGGACUCGAUCCAUCUUCAGAGAAAUGAUCUGGUAUACGAGAUAGUUAGCCUGGUCCUUGAAGAUUACCGGGUAAUCAGAUACGAGAUACGAUCCCGACUGUCCGAGCUGGAGAAGAGAUCACUGGAGAGUUUGGGCAUCAGUGAGUUGGCUCAGGUGUUGAGCGCAUCGAACCAGUUCGAGGGAUGCAAAGAGAAAUUGUUCGCACUGUUCGUGAACAGAGCGAACUACGAUGGUCUGUGGGAGUUGAUCACCAGAAUGAAACCCACGUUGGUCCAUCAUAUUACAAGAACUAGUAAAGUUCAGCGGAUGAUUUGCUGGACUCCAUCGGAUUUUCGGUUUCCAUGGCACACUAACGGUAAUGGCUUCGUCAGAGAUUAUUCCGCAUAUGCUGUCACGACUACAUAG